AUGGCCCUACGAGCAAGGCCCGCCGCCUCCCUCGCACCCAUCGCACCCCGCGUCCUCGCCGCCUCCCUCUCGACCUCGUCGCGCAACGAACGCGCCAGCGCCCUCGAGCCCCGGACCGCCGGCACGCCCAGCCUGCUCCCCAACAACGUCCCCCUCCCGAGCCAGGAGGGUACCAAGGGCGUCCUGCAAUAUGCCCUGUACGCAACUCUGCCGCCGACCCUCCCCUCCCAACGUGCCUCUUGA